AUGCAGACAUUCGCUACUAUAGGCAAUCGGGUUAUACUCUUGGCAACAGCACAAAUACGCAUCUUAAAUGGCUUUGGCGAUAUCGACUCGUGUCGAGCUCUAUGCGAUCCAGGCUCUCAGGUAAGUCUAAUGAGUACGCGAUAUUUUAAUCAACUGGCUCUGCGGAAGCAGAAAAGUGCAUUGCAAUUACAAGGCGUUGGCAGUGGCAAUCGUUCAUAUACUAAUGGCCGGGCAGUCUUGCGCAUAUUUUCGACUGUCAAUGCUUCAUUUGGCUUGGAUGUUGAAUUCUACAUCAUCAACAAAAUUACCUCAGCAAUCCCUGUGGCUCCAAUCAUGGAAAACUGUUGGCAGCAUUUACGCAAUUUGCCCUUGGCAGACCCGAAAUUUGGCGAAACUGGUGUUAUAGAUGCAUUGCUUGGCUCAGACGUAUGGGGCCAAUUGUUGGCAGAUGGCAUAGUUCGUGGCGAACUUGAUGAUCCUGUGGCACAAAAUACGCAAUUAGGCUGGGUUGUAUUCGGACCAGCUGAAGCAACCGUGCAUAACUACAAGGCGGAACAAUCUAUGGCAUUGCGUGUGGAGGCGCCUGAUGAGCGAGUUGAUGACCUUCUACACAGGCUAUUUGAAUCCAAAGAAAUUGACAUGGCUAAAGGCGAUACACUAGCAGCAGUUGAUCUUUGCGAGUGCAUUUUCAUGAGCACACAUAAGCGUUUUGAUGAUGGCAGUUAUUGCGUGCAAAUACCAUUUACACCAGAUGCUCCACCACUUGGCAAUUCACAUCAGAUGGCACUCAGGCAAUUUCACCAGUUGGAACGAAAAUUGGCAUCCAACUCAGAGCUCAGGCAAAGAUAUGUGGCUUUUAUGCGCGAAUACGAACAACUUGGUCACAUGCACCCUAUUCAGCAUCACUCAGGCGACACAUCUCAGGCAUACUACAUUCCACAUCAUGCAGUCAUGGCAAAAUUCCGAGUCGUAUUCAAUGCUUCCGCAAAAACAUCGAAUGGCAUAUCAUUAAAUGAUACACAACUCGCUGGCCCCCCAAUACAGGAUUUAUUACUUAACCUUUUGCUUCGCUUCAGGCAGCAUCGAAUAGCAUUCACAGCUGAUGUGGAGAAAAUGUUCAGGCAAGUCAAGGUUGACGAGAGGUACAGGCAGUGGCAACAGAUCCUCUGGCGGGAAUCAUCCGAUCAGCCCAUUCGCACAUAUCAAUUGGCUACCGUUACAUAUGGCACAACUAGUGGCACAUAUUUGGCUGUUCGCGCUAUGCAGCAAUGUGGCAGAGACAACUCUUAUAAACUCUCAGAUGAAGUACGAGCUAAAACUGCUUUGCAUCCUGAAUGA